AUGGCCGAGAAAACAGUCGUCGCGUCCGGCGCAGACGUCGGCGAUGGCGUCAGACGACGAGCCGCGCCCCAGGGCCAGGCAGUUCCCCUCACGGCUGCCCCUGAAGUCGAUGAUAAGAAGAAAUACGCCAAGAAGCAAACCUCCUUCCUCGACGAGUGGGAGGUUGUCAUCGCCCCCCUCAUCUUCACGGCCGUCGCACUCUUCACCCGCCUCUGGAAGAUUGGCCUUAGCGAUAUUGUCACCUGGGACGAGGCACACUUUGGCAAGUUCGGAAGCCACUACAUCAAGCAUGAAUACUACUUCGACGUUCACCCGCCCCUGGGCAAGAUGCUCGUCGGUCUCUCUGGAGUCCUCGCCGGUUACAAUGGAUCCUUCGAGUUCAAGUCUGGCGAGAAAUACCCCGAGGAUGUCGACUACACCUUCAUGAGAGCCUUCAACGCUCUCUUCGGCAUCGUCUGCGUCCCCAUGGCCUACUUCACCGCCCGCGAACUGAAGCUGAGACGCCCCGCCGUUUGGCUCGUCACCCUGAUGGUCCUCUGCGACAACUCCUACACCACCAUCAGCCGCUUCAUCCUCCUCGACUCAAUGCUGCUCUGCGGAACUUUUGCCACAGUACUCUGCUGGUCCAAGUUCCAUAACCAGCGCCACAACUCCUUCGAGCCCGAAUGGUUCUUCUGGCUGUUCAUGACCGGUCUCAGCAUUGGCUGCGUCUGCAGUGUCAAGCUUGUCGGUCUGUUCGUCACUUCUCUCGUUGGUCUGUACACCAUUGAGGAUUUGUGGAACAAGUUCGGAGAUAUUCGAAUGCCUGUUACCACUCUGGGUGCCCAUGUUGCUGCCCGCGUGGUCGGCCUCAUCAUACUCCCGUUCCUCGUGUACAUGCUCACCUUCGCGAUGCACUUUGCCAUCCUGGACCACACCGGCCCCGGUGACGCCCAGAUGAGCUCCCUCUUCCAGGCCAACCUCAAGGGUACCGAGGUCGGAAAGAACAGCCCUCUCGAGAUCGCCUACGGUUCGCGCGCCACGAUCAAGAACAUGGGAUAUGGAGGUGGUCUGCUUCACUCUCACGUUCAGACCUACCCGGAGGGCUCUGGUCAGCAGCAGGUCACCUGCUACCACCACAAAGACGCCAACAACGACUGGUUCUUCUACCCCAACCGCCACGACCAGGACUACGACGCCGAGGCUCCUCCCCGCUUCAUCGCUGACGGCGAGACCAUCCGUCUGAUCCACGCCCAGACUGGCCGCAACCUCCAUUCUCACGAGAUCGCUGCUCCCAUCACCAAGGCUGACAAGGAGGUCUCUUCCUACGGCAACCUGACUAUUGGUGAUGACAAGGACCACUGGAAGGUUGAGGUCGUUCGUGAUGUCGCCUCGCGCGAUCGCAGCCGUAUUCGCACUCUGACCACCGCUUUCCGCCUCAGACACCCCGUCCUCGGCUGCUACCUCCGCGCUGGAAAUGUGAACCUGCCUCAGUGGGGUUUCAAGCAGAUCGAGGUCACCUGCACCAAGACCAACAACCCCAAGGACACUUACACCCACUGGAACGUCGAGGCUCACUGGAACGACAAGCUGCCCCCUGCCGACGCCGGAAGCUAUAAGUCUCCCUUCAUCCACGACUUCAUCCACCUCAACGUCGCCAUGAUGACAUCCAACAACGCGCUCGUUCCCGACCCCGACAAGCAGGACGACCUUGCAUCUCAGUGGUGGCAGUGGCCCAUCCUGCACGUCGGCCUGCGCAUGUGCGGCUGGGACGACAACAUCGUUAAGUACUUCCUGCUCGGCAACCCCCUGGUCUACUGGGGCACCACCGCCGCCCUCGGCGUCUUCGGCCUCGUGGCCGUCUGGUACCUUGUCCGCUGGCAGCGUGGCUACGACGACCUGAGCGAGAAGGAGCUCGACCAGAUCCACUACGCCGGAGCGUACCCCGUCGCCGGCUGGGUCCUCCACUACCUGCCCUUCAUCGUCAUGGCUCGUGUUACUUACGUCCACCACUACUACCCGGCCCUCUACUUCGCCAUCCUCACCUUCGGCUUCCUGGCCGACUGGUUCCUGCGCAACAAGAACCAGGCCAUCCAGUACGGCGUCUACGGCGCCCUCUACGUCACCAUCAUCGGCCUCUACAUCCUCUUCAGCCCCAUCUGCUUCGGCAUGACGGGCCCCAACAAGCAGUACAGCUACAUGAAGUGGUUCGACACCUGGAGAAUGUCCGACUAA